AGCUUUUGUCGCACGUGUACUGCAACUGCAAUGAGUCUCCCAGACUACGAUGACAACACCGCGUUCCUGGGAGACUGGGGACCUUUUCAAAGGAGAGUGUUUGUUCUUUUGUGUUUGAGCAUUAUUCCAAAUGGCUUCACGGGUUUAUCCACCGUUUUCAUUUGCGAUACACCCGCUCAUCGUUGUCUCAUUCCCUCAGCUCUGAAUAUCACGGAUGAAUGGAGAAACGCGUCUAUUCCUCUAGAUGAGAACGACGAGAACAAAGAUUCUCGACUCAGUAAAUGUUCAAGACACCGAAUGGACAUCGUGAAAAACUAUUCGGACAGAGGUUUGCUUCCGUGGGUGGAUGUGAAUGUCUCAGCUAUCCCCCAAGAAGGCUGUAUGGACGGCUGGGAGUAUGAUAAAGGAACAUAUAUCUCCACGAUCGUUACUGAGUGGGAUCUGGUGUGUUCAGAUGACUGGAGGGCUCCAUUGACGACCUCACUCUUCUUCUUUGGUGUUUUGACUGGUUCUGUGAUCUCUGGGCAGAUAUCUGACAGGUUUGGCAGGAAAAAAGUGUUGUUUGUUACCAUGGGGAUUCAGACAGUGUUCACCGUCAUUCAAAUCUUCUCUCCAUCUUGGCUGAUUUUUUGUUUGUUGUUUUUCAUCGUUGGAAUGGGACAAAUAUCAAACUAUGUGGCAGCAUUUGUUUUAGGAAUGGAAAUACUGAGCUCAUCCAUUCGUGACAUCUUCUCCACUCUUGGCGUGUGUCUUUUCUUUUCAAUUGGGUAUAUGAUGCUUCCACUGGCUGCCUACUUCUUGCGAGAUUGGAGAAUGCUGCUACUGGCUCUCACCAUCCCUGGUUUCUUCUAUGUACCCCUCUGGUGGUUUAUUCCAGAGUCUCCGCGAUGGCUGCUGUCUCAGGGGAGGGUCGAUGAGGCCGAGGCCAUUCUGAGAAAGGCUGCCCAGAUAAAUGGGGUUAAGGCCCCUGACAUCAUUUUUACCCAAAUUCAGGUGAAAUCCACAUCUGCCUGUGCUUCUCAAAUGACACAUGCAAUUUUGAGCUUCUCAUAUGGCUGUCAGAGACAAAAGCUCUUGAACCUUUCUUAUUUUAUGAUUUUACUGAAGUUCCAAAUGUAGGUUCAGGAGGAGCCUAAUCAUUCAGUCUUGUCAAUCAUCAUCAUGAGCCUAUAUAAGCAGCACACAUUGCACUGUCCAAACAUCAAUUCAUCCAGCAUA